CUACUUUUCCUUUUCUUAGCCUCUCAGUUUUCAACCUUUGACCCCUUUCAUUGCAAUCAAUUGAAUAAUCAAUCACAAUCACUUUCGUCUCCCCUUAUACCCACCAAUUCCCUUUUCAUCUUUUUUUUUCAAAUGGGUCCCAUCGUCUAUCAGCUCUAUUGGGCCCAUGUAAUUGGUCAUCUUUUGUUCGUAUAAUUCCAAGUUCAUCGUUUCGAGUGAGCAGCAUAACUGCCCAGAGUAGCAGUGGUAUUAUUGUUUUGUGAAUAUGGUACUCGGAAUAAGAACAAAGAGUAGAAAAACUGUCUCAGUCCAAGUUCACUACGUAAUCCAUGUUCAGCAGAUCAAGCCUUGGCCCCCUUCACAAUCACUGAGAUCUGUGCAAACGGUAUCACUGCAGUGGGAAAAUGGUGAUAAAACUUCUGGGUCUCUAGCAUCCACCACUGCUGGCGUUGCAAACAUCGAAUUUAAUGAAUCUUUCGGGCUUUCAGUUGUUAUGUGGAGAGAAGCAUCCAGGAAAAGCAAACACCGUGAAAGUUUUCAGAAGAACUACUUAGAGUUUAACUUGUAUGAUAAGACAACAAAGAGCCAACUAUUGGGAUCAGCCUCAAUAAACUUUGCAGAUUUUGGAAUUAUUAAGGAAACUAAAGCCUUACGCCUUCUAUUGAACUGCAAGAAGAGCUCCAAGCAUUCUUCACCGCCAUUUCUUUAUGUUAGUAUUCAGCCAUUGGACACAGAGUGUUCUAGCUCAUCACCAAGCAGCAGCUAUUCAAAAGGGUUGUCACUAGACAAGGAAGGAGGUGAAUCGGUAACACAGUCACUGAAAGAUGACGAUGAUGUCGAAAUUGCCUCUUUUACUGACGACGAUGAUAAUGAUGACUUCCCUUCAAAUACCGCCCAAACUAACAAAUCUGCUUCUAAGACUACGGGAGGCAGUAUCAAAAUCAGCGAAGGAGGAGCAGAAGGAUCUCAUGGAAAGACAGCAAUGGAAGCGCCCACACAGUUCAAUGGUAUCAAACCUCCCCUUUCAUCUACAAUUCUUGGCUCAAACAUGGGAAAUGCUGCCGAUGGCAGCUCUUCAUUGUCUAAAAUUUCUGAGGAAACUGUCAAACGUUCUGAUCCAAUUUCUGGAAUUCAAGAAAGCAAUCAACAAUCUUCUGCUUCAUGCAUUUCAUCGAGUAUACAACCAAAAUUUGAAAGGCCUUUCAAUUCUCAAGCAACUCAAGCGAACAGCGUGAUUAAAGAAGAUGACACAAGAGAUCAGAGACUUAAUAAAAAAGUUGUAGAGAAAGUUACCAGUAUUUCAGAUGUUGGGGUUAUGGAGGCCAAAGAAAAAAUGGAGGAGCAGAGAAAAGAGAAAAAACAGUUUGGGGAGAGGAAUGAACUUUUAAAAAAUGAGCUCAAUAAGUUCCGCACUGAUGAUUCUACCAAGAAAGGGAAUUUCAGUAGUAUUACUCUUUUAAACGAGGAACCACAUGGGAAAGGACAAAAACAACUUGAUGAGAAGAAUGAACCUCUACAAAAUGAGCUCAAUAAUUUUUCCAAUGAUGAUUCUACGAAGAAAGGGAAUUUUAUUAGGUCUACUCUUCUAAACGAGAAACCACAUGGGAAAGCAAAAAAACAGUCUAUUGAGCAGAAUGAGCCUUUACAAAAUGAGCUCAAUAAUUUUUCCAAUGAUAAUUCUACUAAGAAAGAGAAUUUGAUUAGCGCUACUAUUCUAAACGAGAAACCACAUGGGAAAGGACAAGGACAAUUUACUAAGAAGAGUGAGCUUUCAGAAAAUGAGCUCAAUAAUUUUUCAAAUGAUGAUUCUAUGCAGAAAGGGAAUUUAAGUAGUACUACUCUUCUAAAUGAGAAACCACGUGGGAAAGAACAAAGUCAGUUUCCUGAGAGGAAUGAACCUAUAAUAAAUGAGCACAAUAAGUUCUCCAAUGAUGAAUCUACAAAGAAAGGGAGUACUACUCUUCUAAACGAGAAAUCACAUGCGAAAGGACAACGACAGUUUACUGAGAAGAAUGAACCUUUAGUAAAUGAGCUCAACAGUUUUCCCCAUGAUGAUUCUAUGAAGAAGGGGGAUUUAAAUAGUACCACUAUUCUAAACGAGAAACCACAUGGGAAAGGACAAAGACAGUUUACUGAAGGGAAUGAACCUUUAGAUUAUAAGCUCAAUAACUUUUCUAAUGAUGAUUCUAUGAAGAAAGGGAAUUUGAAUAGUACUAUUCUUCUAAACGAGAAACCACACGCGAACGAACAAAGACAAUUUACUGAGAGGAAUGAAACUUUUCAAAAUGAGCACAAUAAUUUUUCUAGUGAUGAUUCAAGGAAGAAAGCGAAUUUGAUUACCACGAAUCUUCUGAACGAGAAACCACAUGGGAAAGGACAAAACCAAUCUACUGAAAACAGUGAGCCUUUACGUAAUGAGCUCAUUAAUUUUUCCAAUGAUGAUUCUACGAGAAAAGGGGAUUUGAUUAGCACUACGCUUCUAAAUGAGAAAGCACAUGGGAAAGAACAAAACCAGUCUACUGAGAAGAAUGAGCCUUUACAAAAUGAGCUCAAUAAUGUUUCAAAAGAUGAUUCUACGAAAAAAGGGAAUUUGAUUAGCAUUGAUCUUCUAAACGAGAAACCACAUGGCAAAGGACAAAACCAGUCUAUUGAGAAGAAUGGGCCUAUACAAAAUGAGUUCAAUAAUACCAAUGUUGAUUCUACGAAGAAAGGGAAUUUAAUUAGCACUGCACUUCUAAAUGAGAAACCACAUGGUACAAGACAAAACCAGUCUACUGAAAAGAUUGAACCUUUACAAAAUGAGCUCACCAAUUUAUCCAAUGAUGAUUCUAUAAAGAAAGGGAAUUUGAUUAGCACUACUCUUCUAAACGAGAAACCAUACGUGAAAGGAAAAAAUCAUUCUACUGAGAAGAAUGAGCCUUUACAAAAUGAGCUCAAUAAUUUUUCCAAUGAUGAUUCUACGAAGAAAGGAAAUUUGAUUAGCACUACUCUUCUAAACGAGAAACCACAUGAGAAAGGACAAAAACAGUCUCCGAAGAAGAAUGAGCCUUUACAAAAUGAGCUCAACAAUUUGUCCAUUGAUGAUUCUACAAAGAAAGGGAAUUUGAUUAGCACUACUCUUCUAAACGAGAAACCACACGGAAAAGGACAAAACCAGUCUACUGAGAAGAAUGAACCUUUACUAAAUGAGAUCAAAAUUUUUUCUACUGAUGAUUCUUCGAAGAAAGAAAAUUUGAUUAGCACUACUCUUCUAAACGAGAAACCACAUGAGAAAGGACAAAAACAGUCUACGGAGAAGAAUGAGCCUUUAGAAAAUGAACUCAAUAAUUUUUCCAAUGAUGAUUCUACGAAGAAAAGAAAUUUGAUUAGCACCACUCUUCUAAACGAGAAACAACAUGGGAAAGGACAAAACGAGUCUAUUGAGAAGAAUGAGCCUUUACAAAAUGAGCUCAAUAAUAUUUCCAAUGGUGAUUCAACAAAGAAAGAGAAUUUGAUUAGCACUACUCCUCUAAGCGAGAAACCACGUGAGAAAGGACAAAACCAGUGUAAUGAGAAGAAUGAACCUUUACAAAAUGAGCUCAAUAAUGUUUCCAAUGAUGAUUCUACGAAGAAAGGGAAUUUGAUUAGCACUACUCUUCUAAGCAAGAAACCACAUGAGAAAGGACAAAAACAGUCUACUGAGAAGAAUGAGCCUUUACAAAAUGAGCUCAAUAAUGUUUCCAAUGAUGAUUCUAUGAAGAAAGGGAAUUUGAUUAGCACAACUCUUCUAAACGAAAAACCACAUGGGAAAGCACAAAAACAGUCUACUGAGACGAAUGAGCCUGUACAAAAAGAGCUCAAUAACUUCUCCAAUGAUGAUUCUACGAAGAAAGGGAAUUUGAUUAGUACAUCUCUUCUAAACGUGAAACCACAUGGGAAAGGACAAAGACAAUUUAUUGAAAAGAACCAGCCUUCAAAAAAUGAGCUGAAUAAUUUGUCCACUGAUGAUUCUAAGAAAAAUGUGAAUUUAAAUAGUACAACUCUUGUAAACGAGAAACCACUUGGGAGAGGACAAAGACAGUUUACUGAGGGGAAUGAAACUUUACAAAAUGAGCUCAAUAAUUUUUCCAUUGAUGAUUCUACGAAGAAAGGGAAUUUGAGUAGUACUACACUUCUAAACGAGAAAGGACAAAGACAAUUUACCGAGGGGAAUGAACCCUUAGAAAAUGAGCUCAAUAAUGUUUCCAAUGAUGAUUCUAUGAAGAAGAGAAAUUUAAAAAGUAUUGCUCUUCUAAACAAGAAACCACAUGGAAGAGGACAAAGAGAGUUUAUUGAGAGGAUUGAACAUUUUGAAAAUAAGCUGAAUAAUUUUUCCAAUGAUGAUUCUACAAAGAAAGAGAAUUUGAAUAGUACUACUCUUCAGAACGUGAAACCACAUGGGAGAGGACAAAGACAAUUUACUAUGAGGAAUGAACUUAUAGAAAAUGAGCUCAAUAAGUUUUGCAAUGAGGAUUCUACGAAGAAAGUGGAUUCAAGUAGUAGUAGUCUUCUAAGUAAGGAACCACAUGGGAAGGGACAAAAACAACUUAUUGAGAAGAAUGAACCUUUAGAAAAUGAGCUCAAUAAUUUUUCUGAUGAUGAUUGUGCGAAGAAGGGGAAUUUGAAUGGUAUUACUCUUCUAGACGAGAAACCACUUGGGAAAGGACAAAAAGAUUUCACUAAGAGUAAUGAGCCUUUUGACAAUGGGCUCAACAAAUUUUCAAAUGAUGAUUCGUUGAAGAGAAGGAAUUUAAUCAGUACUACUCUCUUAAAUGAGAAACAUGAGAAAGGACAAAGACAGUUUACCGAGAGGAAUGAACUUUUAGAAAAUGAGCUCAAUAACUUUUCCAAUGAUGAUUCUAUGAAGAAAGGGAAUUUGAAUAGUAGUACUCUUCUAAACGAGAAGCCACAUGGGAAAGUACAAAGACAGUUUACCGAGAGGAAUGAACUUUUAGAAAAUGAGCUCAAUAAGUUCUGCAAUGAUGAUUCUACCAUGAAAGGGAAUUUAAGUAGUACAAUUCUUCUAAAUGAGGAACCACAUGGGAAAGGACAGAAACAACUUACUGAGAAUAAUAAACCUUUAGAAAAUGAGUUCAAUAAUUUUUCCAAUGACGAUUCUAUGAAGAAGGGGAAUUUAAGUAGUACUAUUUUAAACGAGAAACCACGGAAAGGACAAGGACAGGUCAUGGAGAGAAAUGAACCUUUAGAAAAUGCGCUCAAUCAUUUUCCUAGUGAUGAUUCUACGAAGAAAGGGAAUCUAAAUAGUAUUACUCUUCUAAAUAAGAUACCACAUGAACACCCAAGAUUGAUGAGUGACAAAAUUGAAGACAGGGAGAAUUUAAAAGUUCUUCCACAAUCUGCUGAGAACUAUGAGCAAAUCAGUAAUCAGACCCAUAAUCAGUCACAGGAGAUUAAUACUUUGAAUGAUUUUCCUAUUGGUACGGCUUGCCAUGAAGACAUUAAUACAAGUGACCGCUUUCUUAGCAAUAAAACUGAAAUGAAGGCUGAAGUUGACAGGCUUCGAGAAGAGCUGAGGGAAGCUGCUGCUCUUGAAGUUUCAAUGUACUCAGUUAUUGCUGAACAUGGUAGCUCGUCAAACAAGGUCCAUGCACCUGCUCGGCGCCUUUCUAGAUUCUAUUUCCAUGCUUGUAGAGUUGGGUCUCCUGCUACAAUGGCUAGUGCAGCCCAGAGUGCUGUCUCGGGAUUUGUCUUGGUUUCUAAAGCAUGUGGAAAUGACGUUCCAAGGUUGACAUUUUGGUUCUCAAAUAUAUUAUUGCUGAGAGCAAUUGUGAGCAAAGAAGUUGAGAAUAUACACUUUGGUGAUGGUUCAUGCAUCAACAGUGAAUGGGAUGCAGUUGGCAACACUCUUCAUAAAGAAGAAAAUGACAACAUAGAAAAACAAUUUCAUAGCUGGGAGAAUCCAAAGACAUUCUUAAUUGCAUUAGAAAAGGUUGAAGCAUGGAUAUUCUCUCGAAUUGUUGAGUCUGUCUGGUGGCAGACUCUGACACCAUACAUGCAGUCUGGAGUUGCAAAGAGCACUAAUUUUAAGAAAGCAAAUGAAAGAAGAUCCCGUGUGGGUGAUCAAGAUCAAGGAAGUUUUUCUAUUUAUUUAUGGAAAAGAGCUUUCAAGGAUGCAUGUGAAAGGCUUUGUCCUCUUCGAACCGGUGGUCAUGAGUGUGGCUGCUUGGCUGUGAUAGCUAGAUUGGUGAUGGAGCAGUUGGUUAGUAGACUUGAUUUUGCUAUGUUCAAUGCUAUUCUUCGGGAAUCCGCCGAAGAGAUGCCCAUGGAUCCUGUAUCUGACCCCAUUAGUGAUUCUAAGGUUCUUCCAAUUCCAGCUGGGAAAUCAGGCUUUGCGGCUGGUGCGCAACUGAAGAAUGCUGUUGGUGACUGGUCAAGAUGGCUUUCAGAUUUAUUUAGCAUUGAUGAUAGUGACUCCUAUGAAGUUACCAAUGAAAACGAUGAACCCAAAUAUGAAUCAUCCUUCAAACCUUUCCUUCUCCUCAAUGCCUUAAGCGAUUUGAUGAUGCUUCCAUUGGACAUGCUUGCAGAUGGGUCUACGAGAAAAGAGGUUUGCCCUAGAUUUGGCAUUUCAUUGAUUAAACGAGCAGUCAACAAUUUUGUUCCUGAUGAAUUCUCCCCAGGCCCUAUCCCGGAUGCUGUUUUUGAUGCCCUGAACAGUGAGGAUAUUGAGGAUGAUGUAGGGGCUAUUACAAGCUUGCCAUGUUCUGCUGGUCCCGCGUUCUAUGCACCACUUCCAGCUUCUUCAAUUGUAGGCAUGAUACAAGAAGCGGGAACAAAAACUUCACUAAAAUGUGGCUCAUUUGCGCUCAAAAAAUUAUAUACCAGUGAUGAUGAACUUGAUGAGUUGGAUUCACCACUUUCUGCUCUUGGCAUGGAUGAACCAUCAGUUUCGUCCAAGGAAAAGCCUGCACUAGUGAAGGGAGGGCGUAAGGUUGUACGAUAUGAGCUCUUGCGGGAAGCGUGGAAGAAUAGUGAAUGAUCACUCUGUGUUCCUAUCAAUGUUUUUUUCCUUGUAUAUAUUAUACAUUUUUCAUUUAGCCCAGAAUAUUCUCCCUUUGUUUUUAAAAUAAAAAUAUUGUCCUUGUAAUCUUAUACUAUGAGAAGUUCUUACCUGGUCUGGGAUAGUGAAAAAUUAUUCCAGUUUGAUGGAUACAGAGGCAGAAGUCACGUAUCAAUUUUGAUUCCUCCAAAUUGACGAGUGUAGUUUAGAGGACUGUUGAAAUCAACUAUUAAAAUUGUGUAAAUACAAGCAAAUUUGUACUUAUUAAUUUUUAAAUCAAU